UUUCUGGGUGGUGGUGAGGAGUUAAUUUAGACUCCACUAAUAUUUUAUUUGCUGCUUUUAGUGUCAUCUGUCAGUUUUUCAAGUAUUUUCUUACAGAUGGUAUUUUGUAGGCCUGGAACUGAAUCCGAGAACGUGAUUCAUUUGAUUGAUAAUGAAACUAUUCAAGUAAAAUGCAAUCGUUCUGGUCAUACUGCAGUGAAUAAGACCUUUGAGUUUGAACGAGUUUAUGGACCUAGUAAUUCCCAGGAAUCAAUUUUUGAGGAAGUGUGCCCCUUACUUACCUCCUUACUAGACGGACACAAUGUGUGCAUCAUGGCAUAUGGCCAGUCAGGCAGUGGCAAAACAUAUACUAUGCUGGGGCCACAUUCUGAAGGAAACAUCACAUUUUCUCUGGAGUCACAGAUAGAUGAAGGAAUUAUCCCCAAAGCUACAAGAGAGUUAUACAGGCUGAUAUCAAAUAGGUCAGACACGCAUUCUAUUGACGUGUCUAUCGUGGAGGUGUACAACAAUGAAAUCAUUGAUCUACUGGCAAAAUGUAAUCGUGGAAAGUUAGGUGUAAAGCUGGAAAUUGUGACCACUCUCGUUGAUGGUAGCGAUGUCCCUUUGUUAGCUUACACGUAA